AUGAUACUUUACAAGAACCAGGUAUUUGAACCUCCAGUACCGCAGACCUUACCUCCAAAUUUGAAUGUUCCUGUAUGGACAAUUCCACAGACAGGCGAAUGGUUCAUGUCAUUUGCAGAAUAUUUGAAGAGAAUGUCGUUCUAUCAGGAACGAAGUUUCUCAUGUGAGUUUAGUAAUUCCAAGCAUUAUACAUAUUUUACAGCAUUAGCUAUUGAAAGUGAAGAAAGAAAUUGUUUCGAAAAAGCGUUACCAUUGACUUUAAGAAUUGCUAUAGCCAAGAAAUUAUUGUCUCAAAAUGUCUCGACUUUAGAUUCAUUUAUUAAGGAUACACUGAAAGAAACCAAGAAAGAGUUUUACCUUGGUGAAAAGGUGAAAGUGAUAUCACGUAAAGCGGAGGUUUCCAAGAUAAACCCUGAAAACACUUAUAAGAUUAUAGGAAAGAUGAAAUUUGAUGAAAUUAUAGAUCCUGAGACGAGGGAGAUAAUCAUCCCAAAUUACUUCAAAUAUAGGAUUGUUGAUGACAAACCUUCCUUCUUGAAAGAGACCCUAAUUGUAGAUCACACACAAAUUGAAAGAGAUGGCAUCGAUCUGUCAUUUUCUAUUCUGAAGCGUUUUAUUUCAAUGAUUUUGAACAACGGACAAGCAUUACAGAACCAAGUAUGCUCAAUUAAGUCAAAAUACAUUCUGGAAUAUGGUCUCAACAAAAGGAACUAUGGCGUCAUGGAAGAAGACAGUGCCAAUCGGAGUUCCUCUGAUUUUAUGCAAGAAAUUGUAAAUAGGAAAAUAGAAUCGACAGGCAUAGAUGGACCAAAUUCUAUACUCAAGAAUGACGCGCCUCAUAAUGAUUAUCCAAUUCUGAACGAGGCGACAAGUACCUCUUCAAAUGCGACCAAUAUCGAGUCUAUACGGACACGUAUACGGGACUUGAUUGAAACGGGUCAGAAUGAAGCUCAAAAUAACAGAGGUGCGUCUUGUUUUGUGAAUCAAAUGGAUGAUUUACACAUACCCUUCACAGUUUCUUCGCAUGUUGUCAGUCAGCUCCAUCGCUUGGAUUCAAAUCUCGACCUUGUGCCGAUAAAGUCCAAUGACAAAUUCCGUCCAUCAAAGACAACAGGAAGGUUGUUAGAAAUCCAUCAGUUCAUAUUCACAUUCCAUUCAGUGUUGAAAGUAUCACAGUUUAGUUUCGAGCAGUUAAUCGCAUCACUCAAAUGUACUGAUCCUCAACAAUUGGCUGGUGAAGCUGUAAAAGUUUACCCUGCAGAACAGCUUUCUUCAAAGGGUGACGGUAACGAAAAAUUAAGUACUUGGGAAGGAAAUUACACUAUUCGUUCCCUUAUCGAAUCUAAAGCACAGAACGAUUUAGCAUUAAAAUAUAAGAUAAUAUUCAAAUCAUUUUCAAAAAAUGACAUAAUAGAAGAAAUGGAAAGUAGUGGGGCACAUUUAGUGUUUGAUAUAUUUAAAUCACUAUUGUCAAUGCUAGUCGAUAAAGAAGGGUACUGGGGAUGUCCUGAAAUAGAGAAAUGGACUGAAGAUCGUGGUAAGAAUGAAUCAAGUGAAAUAGUAGAAAAACUAAGCAGCAUUCCCAACUUUCAGAAAGAUAAUUGGGUUGAAAGACUAUUUGAACGACACUUUCAAAAUGGAUAUUGGGUUGUUAUAUUAGUCGGCUUAAUGAAGGAUAUCGUCCACGUUAAUAAAUAUAAAACAAUAAUACAAAGUUUUAUCCAAAACACUACAAAUUGGGAAAUUAUUCCCAUUAGUUUAGGUCCUUACACCUAUAGAAGUUUUUGUUCAAAUUUGACUCUGGAACAGAAGGUAGAUAUAUUAUGGGUCUUGGUGGAUAUAGUAUCAACAUAUUCGACUGAUGUACGUGCUGCUAUUGAUGUAUCAGAAAGUAUUUUUAGAGGUUUGGAAUCAGAAAGUAUGAAAGUUACAAAAAGUAUCACAUUAGGCACCUCUGCUGCAAAUGAAUUAGAAACUUCUCUUAAACACUUUCGAGAAACUCAAAACUACGAUAUUAAAGUAGCAGAUACGUAUAAAGCUCAUCUCAUUGAAAUUGUGGGGAAACUUGAGAAAUUAGAAAGGUAUCGUGAUUUUCUUGGGAGCAAGCUGUCAAAUCAAAGUUCAGCGAGGGCGUUACCUGUAGGGUUUGACAAGUAUGGUAACUCAUGCUAUUUUUUCACAUCUGAAAUCAAUCGAGUUCUUUCUUUGUCCACUUUGCCGGUUAAAAUGGAAAGGCCUUAUCAUCACGGUGGUUUAUGGCUACGAGGUCCAAGGGAGGAUGAUGCUCUCCUUCGCCUAGGAAUAUCAAAAAGUCAACUCUCUUCUUGGAAAGAAAUUGCACUUAAAGAAGGUAAAAUUGCAGCAACCAAGCAAGUAUUCAAGGUUUUCCAAAAAAAUAAUCGCUUUUAUAAAAUAGAAGGAGACAAGGAAGUUGAAUUAAUGAAUGAAAAUGGUGUCGUAAAUGGGAGCUUGACCUCCAUCCAAAUGAAAAUAAUAGAGGAAACUCCACAGAAUUUGUUGCUGUCCGAUGAGGAGUGGCUUUUCUUUAAUAAGUAUGAUGCUGUUCAAAAUUUUCUUAUGUCUUUAGAGAAAGGUGGCCACAGAGAAUAUAUAUUAAUCUCUAAUCUAAUGCUGUUUAUGCCAAGAAUCAAACGGUCUUUUACCGUGAAAGAGCCUCUCUAUGGCACCGAUUACUUAGAUAGUACAGAAAUCAUGUAUUGGAAGGACCUUGAUGACCUCGGCCAUACUAAUGACAAAGAUGCGUGUGUCAACGGUCUGUCAUGUGAAUUUCAGAAAAGUAAGGACCAGUCCCAAAACUUAGAGAUUGCUGCUAGUAGACUAACCAACCUCUAUGAUUCUACCUCUUCCAAAAAGCUGCUAGCCACAAUCAAAAAAAUCAGCGAGGCCACGAGUCAGCCAUACAAAGACAGUCUUGUUUCUCCGUCAGACAUGUCCGUACUUGUGGAUACUCGUGGUGAAGAUGCCAGCGCUAGUAGCACGUUUGAAAAGAACCUGGGAGCGCAAGCAAAUAUACUAACCGCACUUUUAAAUCACAGACCCCUCAAGAAUAGGAAUUUUGUCAGAGCCUGGAGGAACCGCUAUCCUUCUAUGUCAGACGAUCCUUCAACUGAUGAGAUUGAUGUGAAUAUCGAAUUAGAAAAGGUUUUACAAGGUAUCAGGAGCGAAUUCACAGGCGCUGCUUCUACUGUUUCUGUCCUAGAAGUGCAACCAACUUCUAGUCAGAGCCUAUCUGGUGCAUCCUCGUAA